CUAGCCACAUGACAUCCAUCGGUUUCACUUCCUGGUUGGCCCUAUCGUAUUGUCCCAAGAACCGGGGAGGAAUCUGGACUCGAAAGGAACCGAAGUAUCGGAGUAGCUUAGCAACCGACUCCCGAAAUGAGCGGUUUUGGGCCAUUACUUGAUGAACAAGUUCAUUAACAUCCGAGAGAAACUGCGGCCGCGACGAAAGUGUAACCGAAGGUGUGUGGACAGCCACUACCAGCAGACCAGUGACGUUAGCUGGGUGUGCGCUAACAGGAGGCAACUGGGAAAGAGACCCUUUUCACCUUACUUUUGCCAUUUAACUUCGAAAUAAGAGAACCUACUUUGUGCUAAUUUGGCAACAGCACCAAGAGAGAGUGAGCAUGCGGUUCAAGCCACGGCUGCUUUAGAAUGAAGAGCUCGGCUCGCCGCACCAGGGACAUCGAGCGUCAGGCUGGCUACCUGAGGCCUGAACACUGCGCCCCUCCACCGCCCCGUGGCGCCUCCGACACCAUGUGGUUUAUCCGCGACGGAUGUGGGAUCGUGUGCGCCGUCAUCACCUGGAUGCUGGUUUUCUACGCGGAGUUUGUGGUGGUAUUUGUGAUGCUGUGGCCGGCCAAGAAUGUGGCUUACAGCCUCUUCAACGGGGUGAUCUUCAACAGCUUGGCCUUCCUUGCCCUCGCUUCGCACGCCAAGGCCAUGUGCACAGACCCGGGAGCUGUGCCAAAAGGCAACGCGACCAAAGAAUUUAUUGAAAGCCUACAGCUGAAACCUGGACAAGUGGUCUACAAGUGUCCUAAAUGCUGCAGUAUCAAGCCCGACAGAGCUCAUCACUGCAGUGUGUGCAAGCGCUGCAUCAAAAAGAUGGAUCACCAUUGUCCUUGGGUCAACAAUUGUGUUGGGGAGAACAAUCAGAAGUACUUUGUGCUUUUCACGAUGUACAUUGCGUUAGUAUCAUUCCACGCACUUGCCUUGGUGGGCUUCCAUUUUGUACUCUGCUUUGAAGAAGACUGGUCAAAGUGCAGCGCCUUCUCUGCACCCGCCACUGUCAUCCUCCUCAUUCUCCUUUGCUUCGAGGGGCUUCUGUUUUUAAUCUUCACGGCGGUCAUGUUUGGGACACAGGUGCACUCCAUCUGUAGUGAUGAAACGGGUAUCGAGCAGCUGAAAAAGGAAGAGAGGAAAUGGCUCAAGAAGUCCAGAUGGAUGAACUUGAAGGUGGUCUUCGGUCACCCAUUCUCAGUGGCGUGGCUCAACCCCUUUGCGACGCCCGAUCACGGCAAGGCAGACGUAUACCAGUACAUAGUGUGAAGGUAGACACACUUCUUCCUCAUUGAAAAUGCACAAAGUGCGAAAGCCCAUUCAUUUACAAGGGCGUGUCCGCCAGAGGGCGACAUUUCCCCGGCAGCGCACCAGCAACAGCUCAUAUACUUAUUAAUGAAUACUGAAAAUAAAACACCAUUUUUCUCACUUUGCAUCCCUCUUGUUGAGGAUUUCCACAUAUGUGGACGGAAAAAAAAAAAUCACAAACAGCUCGAUUCACAUAACGAAAUAGGAUUUAUUGCGUGCUGUGUGUAAUCUCUAUCUUUGUUCAAAUGUGCACUACAAGUCGAGGACAUUUUGUCUUCCCACAAAGCUUCAUUUGCUGCAGUAAUUUGAAGUGAAUUGCCUUAGAUUACACGGUCAGAGGCAUCAAGUACACAUGGAUGUCAUUUUGUAUCGUCUUCAUAUGUGAAACCAUGGACCAGAGAUUAAGGACAUCAUUCUUUCAAAGGAAUGUAUUUUAGGAGUGAAUUUUCCUGUGGUUUUUACGCAGUUUCUCGGAAGAGUAAAUGUAAGCUGUAUUUCCUCACAUGGUGUACUAAAAAUUAUUUUUUUAUGUUGAAAAUUAUUUUUGUGCCAUUGGUUUUGUGCCACUGGGCUGGAUAAAAGGUGACCCAAUCACAACUUUAUUGUUUCUGGUGAAAAUUGUUAUGGAAAUAGCACAGGGGGAACAUACUAUUGAACAUAUUACGCUAAAGCAAUCAGGGGGUCAAGGGUCACCAAAAUGUAACUCAGUUUGUGACCAAUCAGGUGCUCCUAUAUAGAAAUUCACAAGCCUUAAAGUAUAACAAAUGUUUUGAGGUCAGACUGAAACGAUGUUUGUCAAAGUAAAAUGAGCGACUGAAAAUUGGAAUCAUCUAAUCUUAAAAGGGGGAACAUUUGUUUUGAAAUUGCAUGAUGGUUUUUAUUUUAACGUACGAACGUGUUUUUAAAUGCUAUACAGUAUCUUUGCAAUAUCUAUCUCUUUUUUUUUAUUCUUUACAUCUUAUGGAUAUGCAGCCUGCUAUCCAUCUUACUGUACAAGAAUAACACCAGCUGUCCGUUUAUAAUUGUACGGUCCGUCAUGAAUACUAUUUUAGUACUUUGUAGGAAUUUCUUUUAUAACAUGUUUGAGUAAAGGAGACAGGGAGAGAGAGAAAUAAAGUUAUGUUGAGACAAUA